AUGGCAAUAUCUCGAUUAAGCAUCGGCGGUGGGGAUCUAGCAACAGAGCAAGUGAAAGGAGAUGCAAAGCACACAAGCCAUGCCCAGGUUGGAGAUAUCUGGACAUCUAUUCAGGGUGGUGAUGAUUGGAAUGGCAUGCUUGACCCCAUUAACCCACUUCUGAAAGAAGAGAUACUCAGGUAUGGCGAUUUUGCACAACAGUGCUAUGAUUCAUUUGACAACACUUAUUCUUCAAAAUACUAUGGAAAUUCUAAGCGCAGCAAAAGUUCGUUGGGGCGUAGACUGGAAUUGCUCAGAAGUGGGCGUGGUUAUCAGGUAACCAGAUAUAUUUAUGCCAAUACUGCUGUGUUAAAGUCGUUUUUCAAGCCGAAAUCCGGGUAUAGUGGUGCUUGGAUGGGAUAUAUUGCUGUUUGCACAGAUCCAGAGGAGAUUAAGAGAUUGGGGAGACGGGAUAUAGUUGUUGCAUGGAGGGGAACUGAAACACCUCAAGAAUGGAUGCAAAAUAUGAAGGAUAUAUUAGUUCCUGGUACCUUAUCUCAGAGCACACAGUGUCCCGACAUACAAACAACUUUCAAACCAGGUGUUCAAAUCGAAAAGGGAUUUCUGAGCUGUUAUAACUCUGUAUACGGAGAUUCUGUGAGAUCCAGACAUAGUGCAAGAGAUAUUGUGGUGAGCGAAAUAACAAGGUUGUUGAAUGAGUACAAAGAUGAAGAAGAUGUGAGCAUAACAUUCACGGGACAUAGUUUGGGAGCUGCCUUGGCAACUCUAAAUGCAUAUGAUAUCAAACAGAUUAUUAUGAAAGAAAAUGGUGGGAAAUCAAUACCUGUUACAGUUCUUGCCUUUGCUUCUCCUCGUGUAGGAAACCUAGCUUUUUCCCAACAUUUGCAGGAGAUCGGCGUAAAGGUGUUGCGCUUGGUAAAUUCAUGGGACGUCGUUCCCAAGGUUCCUGGAGUUUUUCUUAACGAGAACUUGGGAUGGCUUACCAGAUUCGUGCAUUGGCUUCCAUGGACAUAUGUUCAUGUGGGAAUCCCCGUUACUUUGGACAGUAGCAGCUCUCCAGUGCUGAAGAAAUCGUAUAAUCCAGCCAGUUUCCACAAUUUAGAGGUUUAUCUCCACUUGCUUGAUGGGUUUCAAGGAAAUAACAAGCUGCCUUUCAAACCAUCUGGAAGAGAUCCAGCUUUGGUGAACAAGUACUCCGACUUGCUGAUUGAAAAGCUUCAAAUCCCUUCUAACUGGUGGGCAAAGAGGAAUAAAGAGAUUGUAAAACGGAUAGACGGGUUAUUGGUAUACUCUCCUACGACUCCCACUCCUGUUCCGCUAACUCCUCGUCUGCUUUACAUGCGCCCCAGUGAUUCCAAUUCACUCUGGCCAGAAUAUAUUAAGUCUAAAAAAUGUCAGUCAAUUUUGAGUGUUGAAGUCAAAGUUUAG